AUGUCUGAGCGUGAUGGAUAUGGAGACGGGCUGUGCAGCGACGGAGUGCCGGACUGCAUCCCGCCGAGAGCGUCCCGCGGCCGGCGGAGCGGUGUCAUCCUCCCCGGUGGCGGCCAGGACGCCGACGCCGUCCUCCUGGAGUCGGUGAAGGCGGCACCUCGCCGGAGCAGCAUCAUAAAGGAUCCCUCAGUACAGAAGGUGGGCGGAGGCAGGAAGAAGACUGUGUCCUUCAGCAGCAUGCCCUCUGAGAAGAAGGUGAGCAGUGCAGCAGACUGCCUGGCGUUCAUGCAGGGCGGGUGUGAACUGAAGAAGAUCCGGCCCAACUCCAGGGUUUACUGUCGUUUCUACACCCUGGACCCAGACCUGAGCUGCUUACGCUGGGAGCCGUCUAAGAAGGACGGGGACCGGGCUCGGCUGGACGUCUCCAGCAUCCGGGAGGUCCGCACCGGGAAGAGCACCGAGACCUUCCUCCACAACGGCCCUCUCUCUGAACACCUGGCUGAGGAGGCAGCCUUCUCUGUCAUACAUGGGGAUGACUACCAGUCUCUGGACUUGGUUGCGUUGUCUGCCGAUGUGGCCAACAUCUGGGUGACAGGCCUUCGCUACCUGUUGGCCCACCCCUCUGUGAUUGGCGGUGCUGGGGGAGGUGGUGGAGGAGGUGGAGGGCUGGGUGAAGGAGGCGGUGUCACGGUAGAGGGCAGCCUGGGGAGCAAGAUGAGGACUGAGUGGCUGGCAGCGGAGUUCGCCCAGGUGGAUGAAGAUGGCUACGGCAUCGUGUCGGAGGACGUGGCGGUCGCCACCAUCUGUAAACUGUGCCCCGGCAUCAAGGAAGCCAAGGUGCGUCUGCGCUUUAAGGAGAUCCAGCGCAGCAAGGAGAAGCUGACCUCCCACGUGACCCGUGAGGAGUUUCAGGAGGCCUACUGCGAGCUUUGCACCCGGCCCGACGUCUACUUCUUAUUGGUGCAACUGUCUAAGGACCGGGAGUGUCUGGACCCUCAGGACCUGCGCCUCUUCUUGGAGACGGAGCAGGGUUUGUCUCUGGCGACAACCGAGGGCUGCUGGGAGCUCCUGAGGCGCUGCGAGCCGUCGGCCCAGGGCAGGGAGCGGGGGCUGCUGGGCCUGGACGGAUUCGCUUGCUACCUGCAGUCCCCCGAGUGCCAGCUGCUUGACCCGGAGCACCAGGGGGUUUGUCAGGACAUGAACCUGUCUCUGUCCCACUACUACAUCAGCACCUCGUACCGCUCCUACCUGCUGGAUGACCAGGUCCACGGCAGAGCGGACCUAGGGGGGCUGAUCAAGGCCCUGCAGUCCGGCUGUCGGUGCCUGGAGCUGGGAGUGACUGAUGGCCCAGAGGGGGAGCCUCUCCUUGGAGUCAACUACGGUCCGGAGAUCCCCCGACACCACCAUCACCACCACCACCACCACCAUCACCAUGCACCCGUCACCAUCCGCUCUGCCCUGGAGGUGGUCAAUAAGUAUGCCUUCCUGACCUCUCAGUACCCGCUCCUGUUGUACCUGUGUCAGCGCUGCUCUCCUGCCCAGCAGCGAACAAUGGCACAGCACCUGAAGAAAGUGUUUGGCUCCCGUCUUUACACUCCGGAGGCCCUGCCUGUCAGCCUGGGAGGGCGAGCAACAACCUUACCCUCCCCCGAGCAGCUGAAGGGACGCAUCCUAAUAGUGGGGAAGAAGCUCCCUCCGGAGCAGGAAGGAUCUGACGGGGAGGUGUCUGAGGAGGAUGAGGAGAUAGGAGGGGGAGGGCCUCUGGCAGGACGGCGAAUGACCAUCCCUGGUGAGGAGGAACUGGGUGUGGUCUUGGUGGUGCCUCCCCCCUCUCAACCCAGGAAGCUCCGUCUCCACAAAGAGCUGUCAGACCUGGUGGCGAUCGCUCGGACCGGCAGUCGCAGCUUCUACGCCCAGAGAGCCGGUCACAAACAGGCUCAGCAGCAGUCGCCCCCCAGCAGUCCCUCCUCUCCCAGCACGCCGAUGCCUCCCGAGCCGCCUUAUUGGACACUGUGCUCCCUGGGUGAGGGAGAGGCCGGGCGGCUGACCAGCGAGAGCCCAGAGGACCUCGUUAUGUUCACCAAGCGCAGUCUGACCCGGGUACGACCCAGCUCAGUGCGUCUGGACUCCAGUAACCCUAAUCCACAAGGAUACUGGAAAGGAGGGGUCCAGCUCGUAGCCUUGAACCAGCAGACCCCCGGCGCCAUGCUGGACCUUCACCGAGGUCGCUUCUCACAGAACGGAGGGUGUGGCUACGUUCUCCGACCUACUGUAAUGACGGACGAGGUGUCGUAUUUCAGUGCCCACACGCAGGGGUGCGUGCCAGGGGUUCCCCCUCAGACGCUACGCAUUAAGGUUAUCAGUGCCCAUAACCUGCCCAAGCCUCUGGGAUCAGGGGCUAAGGGAGAGGUCAUUGACCCCUAUGUGGUCCUGGAGCUGCACGGUGUCCCAGCUGACUGUGCUGAACAGCGGACACGCACUGCUGCUCAGAACCAGGACGACCCACUGUUCGAUGAGACCUUCGAGUUUCAAGUAAACAUGCCGGAGCUGGCCUUGCUGCGCUUCGUGGUAUUAGACGACGACUACAUCGGAGACGAUUUCAUCGGCCAGUACAGCGUUGCCUUUGAGUGCCUUCAGCCCGGCUACCGUAACGUGCCCCUGCUGGGCCUGGCGGGGGACCCCUUACCCCACACCAGCCUGUUUGUCCACGUGGCGAUCACCAACCGGCGGGGAGGCGGAAAGGCCCAGCGGCGAGGUCUGUCGGUGAGGAGGGUGGGGAGGCGGGGGCGGGAGUACGUCACGCUGAGGCACACUGGCAUCAAGGUGGUCGAUGAGGCUUUCAAACUGGCUGGUGCCCCCCUCAAGGAGGCGACAGACCUGCGGGAGGAAGCUCAGAGCACCAACGCCAGUUUCAAAGAGCAGUGUGGGCUCCCCGCGGUGGCCAAACUGAAGCAGUGCAUCCAGAGCCUGGCCACGAGGCUGCAGAGCCCUGAGGGCACAAUGGGAGCCACCAUGGUGCUGAAGGAGGGCUACCCAAGUCUGGAGCCCCUGGUCAACCCGUCAGACCCGACACGAAAACUGCUCACGGCCUACGACACGAUGAUUGCCGCCCAGAAACAGCUGAUUGAGAACGCAGAUGCCGUUCAGGAGAGGAUCGCCCAGGUGCAGAGAGAAGGCAUGGACUUCCAUGAGGAUCUUUCUCGGCUUGGGGAUAAGGAGGGGCUAAAGGGACGCAAGCUAAGUAAAGCUGUGGAGAGUUUCACCUGGAACAUCACUGUCCUCAAGGGUCAGAGCGAUCUGUUACGGGGAGCUAAGAUGGAUUCCCUGGAUGCCCUGAGGCAGCUGGCUCUGGCCUGCGAAGCCUGUGGAUUCACCUCCUCCUCCUCUUCCACCAACUCCUCAUCCUCCACCUUUUCCGCGGCAGAGCUGCACUACACCUCGCACCCCCUGUCUGUCCGCCGCAGCAGCACACAUGGCAACGGACGCAUUUGACACCUGUCCCCCCCCCCUCGUGUCCAGCACGCUGCCAAAGAUGAAAAGGGAGUGGAUAGAGUAAUUAAAGAGGAUGACAGAGAUAAGGAGAUAUGAGAUGAGGAAGACAGAAAAAAAGAAAAGUAAGGGGGUAAAAGGCUCCAGAGGAGGCAGAGGAUUCUCUUUCUGGCAGAGUGUUUCCUUUUAUCCAGUGCAGUAAGUGUCUAGACUAGCCUAGACCAGCGAAGUUUAUCUGUUAAAGCCUUACGUUGAGUUCAUCAAUUUAUUACUGAAGGUCCAGUCUGCAGAGAAGCUUUUCAUGAAUGUUGUAACUCCAUGGUGGAAAAGCAAGGAAUGACACUCCACAGGGGUCCUUGAAAUUUCGACAGCUCCCGCUUAACUCAACUUAACCUAGCGGUUUUCCCUCGCUAGAGGGGAAACCAUAGACACCUGAACAAUUUGUGAUAAACGGGGCUGUCGUGGAGCUGAUGUUUACAGUCCUGUUGGUGUGUCAGGGGUAGGGAAUGCAGAGUGGAGGGCAUGUAGAACUGAUGGGACAGUUGUUUUUCAGUGUCAGCAUUUCGGCGUGUCCCUCUGGAAGAUAACAAGAUCUGGGUGUGUGUGCUAUGUUGCAAAUGAUGGAAAAUGGAAAGGUGCUGUAAGAGACUGACUGACAGAAUGUGACCCACAAACACACUGAUAGAAAUGAACUAAUUCCAGUAGCCCAGAUUUUUAGUAUACUACUUUUUUUUUUUUAAAACUCACAAAAGUUUUUUGGUUUUAGAUGUAACUGAACUUUUGCUGUGGCUUAAUGUAAAAAAGACAAAAAACAAAAACGUCGUCCUUCACCUAAAGGAGUAGACAAAACUUUUAAUUAAUCUAGCAUUGCCAAGAAUGACUUGGCUUAAGACAGGUACCACUAAACGUAGGCUAUACAGUAAAUGACUGACAGUCCUCGACAUCAACUGAGUUGGCUGAACGCACCUCUUGGUGGGAUGUCUCUGGUCUUCGAACUUGAAAAACAGAGCGAAUGUUAUUGUGACGUCAAGUUUCUCCAAAGUCAACCCCCAAAAUUAGUUCCUGAAUGAAUCUGCUGCAAGAAAUAGACCUUAUCUAAAAUAUCAACAGUUAUUAACGAGGGUUGGGAGUUUGCAGAGGUGGAAAGUCACCUGGGCUUUUCCCAGAUUUCGAUUUCAUAACAAAAACUCAGCUCCCGAGCUGUUUUCUGGUUGUUUGAGGCCUCUGUCCUCGAAUAACUCUACGGAUGAAUUGCUAAAAAAGCACAAGGACCCAUGAGAUUCUGAGGAUUGAUACAGUUUCUAAACCUUAACCCGAGGACAUAAAGAUCCCCCCUUGUGACUCUGAGCAUGCACACAUUUCCUCAUCUAACUGCUAUCUUCAUGCAUUGUGCGAAAUAAGCAGCAGGAGCAGACACACACACACACACACACACACACACACACACACACACACACACACCUGCAUGUUCUUGUUAUCUCCCCUCUGAUAGCCUUUGAGCCUGUCAUGUUCACUUGGCGAAGGGGCGGCUGAAACACGAGGAAUGGGGUGUAGUGGAGAAGAGACACCAUCAUUUGAGAAGUUGUGGAUGUGUGUUGAUACUGUAGUACUACACGUCGGCCGUAGUACAUGUGUGGAUCGGAUUACCGUCUCACUAUACCAACAUGUGGGGCAAUGGACGCUCAGCCUGUGGGUGUGUGUGCGCUUGUGUGUAGGAAGACCAGACUCCCGAAGCGUUGGUGAUGAAGUGCACCGUACUGAUGUAGCAAUAAUAUUAGUGGUAAGUAACAAGAAAGUCAAUGAGGCCGUGUAGGUCAAUGUGUACUGACUGAAGGACUGAAAACUACAUAACUAACUUUAUAAUUCAGUGAUGCUUAUAAACGUAUUUGAAAACAACUACAAAAAUGGUGUCCAGCAGGUGCUACUGAUCACGGCUCAUAGUUGUGCUUGGCUGUCAGUGAUGGCGUAACUGUGUGUGUGUCUUGGAAACGCAGGAAAAUCCGUGAUUCCUGUUCUUUUAACUCAGCUCUUGUACUCGUGUUCUUGUGUCUUGUAAUGCUACGUUUGAACCAAACUUAAGCAGAGGUAAUGCAAAGCAAAACACAGGACUAAGAUAACCAGAUUAGAAAUACCUACUUGAAUAUUGUCACGUGUCACUACAAAAUUAUAUUUCAAGUGUACGUGUCGCGAAACCUUUUGGAAAAUGCCAAAGGCAUUUUGGCGAUACAAGGUUUGAUGUCAUUAAAAAGACAGUAAGGCAGGUGAGUUUGAAAAUGUCCCGCUGGAUUCUCUGGUAUUCAUAAUUUAGAGCACCACAGGUUUUUCUUUAACAGGCCGAUUUGGACCAAUUUAUUUCCGCCUAAUCUGCUGCAGGUGGCAAUGCAAAGUGUUUGAACACAGCAAGUCGGGCAACUGGAGGGGGCUUCCUGAAAAGAAGACAUUUUGAAUGUUUGUUCUGCCCUUUUAGAGGCAGGAGCGUGGACCGAUCAGAGACGAGGAUCACAGCUAAACACUUUAACAGCUCGCAGGCCCAUCAGCCCAGCUGGUGGCAUUUUGCAGUAGACAGGAUGUAAUGAGAAACACUGACGCGUGGGGGAUGACGCUGAGGUUUACGGACUUCUUUAGCCCCUCUGAAGAGCUUGUGCAGGACUACUGUUUGUUCUGAAUGACAUCCCAUAUUUUUAUACGCUGUUUUGUUGCCUUUCAUUCAUCUUCACAUUCCUUUCUUUUUUUUUGCAAUACCAUUAACCUCUUUCAUACCUCCACUCUUCUCCAUCCUGCUGUCCCUGCUCGUCCUCUGGAGAAUCCAGGUGGGGAAUGACAGAGCUGAUGCACUGAGUCACAAACACAGGAGGAGCUUGACCUAAUAACAUUUCCAUGUGUGUUUUUUUUUUUUCCGUUUUUAUUUUUUUUUAUGUGUGUGUGUAUACGCUUCUAAAAGUAGAAGACGUAGACAGUACUGGAGAGAGGGAGCAAAGGUUGAAGGACAGAAGAAGAAGGGACUGAUAUUGGAUUAACUUUUAGUUGCACGUGUGGUUGGGUGAGCGCACCUGCACAGCUUCAUAAUUGGCUGUGAGCACUAGACAGGGUGACAGCACCUGCUGUUUUGGUCUAUUACCAACAUUCUGACUCACUGGAGGCUUUGGGAUGUGUGUAUAUGCCGGUGUGCUUACGUCUGUCAUGAUACCAUGGUGCCCUAGUUCCGGUCCCGAUGGUACAAUCCUGUUCUCCUGCUUACACAGUCAUUGCCGAGCUACCUGCCAUAGUUUGUCUGAAAUGCACUGAAGCAGACGGCGGUUUCAGAGGCUUUUUUGGAAGAGCUCCACCGCCCCUGAGAGGAAUGCUCAAAGUACCGAGAAAAACUACGGAAUUCGUAGGAUCACAAGAAGUGUUCUCCCUCUGAGAUCUGUUGACCUGCAGGGAGGAUCCCUCUCCAUUAAUGAUGCAUCAGCUCCAGUAAAACAAACCACUGUAUUAGCUUUCUGUGUUCUGGUUUACAUGCCUGCUGACAUGGGAAUUACAACUGGGUCAAACUGAAAAAACAGGCGAUGGGAGUUACUUUACCUGAGGUGAUGCGCAGAGAUGGAGGUCACAGGGUUCACCGUUGUAGGUGAACAUGGAGGGUAGAGGGGUCGGGUUCAGUAAUCAGGUCUAGUUAAGUUAAAUCUCAUUCUCAGAACAAUCUAUCAGGCAUAUACCGUAUUUACAGAGACGACCUAUGGUAGGCAGUGAUGACCGCGCCGCUGCAUAAAGCCAAGGCAACGUAAUAACCAAGAAAAACGACAGCUCGUUAUUUCAGUGGAGUCUGACCUUUGCAGUGAGUCAGGAAGAUACAACACCUGAGCCACUAAUUUGUAGCUGGAGGAUCCAAAGGACCGUGCCUGUGUUUUUGCACGAUUUAACCCACUUACUUCAAAUCAUUCACUGUAUACUUGCAAGAGCAAAACAUGCCGUUGUAUUUGAAAUGUAUAGAUCGAAUGUGCUUUUAUACCUCCCAGGCAGCUAUUGGUUUCAGUUAAUGUCAGUAUGGUGAGCUUGCAGAGACUUGCUGGAGCUGAAUCCAUUUCAGUGAGCAUCCUGCGUGGGUUUAGUUUUGUUCAGGAAGUUACAAUAACAUAUUGUGGUGAUGCAAAUGAAGACGCAGAUGGAUCUGCAACUGAUUUUUUUGUGAUAAACACUUCCCUUUUUAAAGCCUUUUUAAUGCAAGCAGCUACCAAACUGACAUUAUCCUUCUCGCUGUGUAUGUUUUUGCUUAUUAUUUGUUGUCUGGGUUUGAAUUUCUUGCAAUAGAGCUCAUCAGUGCAACACUGUAAAGUAAGCAACUCUGUCUGAGCUCCACAACAGCUCAUGAUUUCCCCACAGCAGCAGAUUUUUUAGAAUUAAUCCAUGUUUUCCGUUACAUUAUUGUAUAACGAUAAUGUAGCUUUUAUGAGAAUAAAACUAAGCGUGAUGUUCACAAUGACGGAUGACCCAUCUCAAGCAAGUUUCAAGUCCUUAUAUUUUGCAAAGUUUUGGAAAAAAGUCAGCAGUGAUUUGUAGUAAAUGAACUAAACUUGCAGAAACACACGUAUGAUCCUUUAAACGCUCGAAAAUGGGGUUUUAGGUUAGCCUCUCCGUGCCUCUCUCACACUCUGCUUCAUGUCACCGCACUUUGCUUUUUCGAGACGCUUUACCUGAUGACAUUUUGCAGUAUUGAAAAAUGAGUGUUUACCUCUGCAAAAGGCACAGCGGCCAGCCACUCACUACAGUGCUUUACUAUGGUGUUCAGUAUAUGGUAUCUCAUUUGUAUCCCGGUGCUGCACCCCGAUCCCUGAGGUGUGGAUUUAGCUACUUCCCUUUAUGCCCUCUAAAUUGGAGCAGGUCUACGCUACGCUCUGUUUCUCACUGUGAUUGCAUUUUAAGUUUGGAGUCUGAAGGAUGAGAGUGGUAGACUGAUCCACGCUUAGGAGCAGGGUGCUGCAACUGGGGUGCAUUGUAUCACUGUUACCCACAUGUCUUAACCUAGAGCUAUAUCUCUCUAUGUGUGCUCUUCUGUGUGUGAUGCUACUUAUCUUUGCGGACCAGUGAUCAAAUAGUGCUUAACAUUCAUUGAAUAAUUGGAGAGUUGUUUAUACCUGCCAUAGUGACGUGGACAAAGCUGUGUCUUGGAAAUGUGUAACGGUAAUUUAGGUUCUAUAUUACCCGUGGCAUCUGCAGUGUCUGUGUUGGCCUGUGUCUACACCGCUGACCUUUUAAUCCAGUGUUGUUUCCUCAGCUGUUCCGACAGUCACUGUAUGUUUUUGUAAAGUAGAAAAGAAAAAAAAAAGAGACCAGAAGAAGAAAAAUAUUUAUUGAAGUGUGUUUUAAAAACCAUAAAUAAAUAUAAUUAAUUGAAUGGACCUUGCUUUUAUUUUGAAAAGCUACUGUGUUUUCUAUCUUACAAGUAAUCAAAUAUAACAAGAGUAUGUAAUCCAGAAUAAAUA